AUGGCAAAUAAUUUAAAUUUGUUCAUUGAUGGAGAAAAUCCUGUGUGCAUUAAGGAGGAAUGUAUAAAGUUUAAAGGCCAAGAUCCUUUUUAUAAAAUUAAUGAACACGUAAAAAUAGAACAGCAGCGGGUUACAGAACUGGCUAUUAAAGAUGAAGUGCUGGAAUUAGAAGCACUUGUCAAAGAAGAAAAUAAUGAAUUUGAAGGAAAAUCAAAGACAGAUUACAAAGAUCAGAUACACACUGAGUUGAUAAUUAAGGAUGAAGAACCAAAAUCGGAAGAAACUGUUGUAGUUGAACGUAUUAAAAUAAAAUUUGGACAAAAGCCUUAUUCGUGUGAUCUCUGUGAUAAAACAUUUAUCUUUCAAAACAGUUUACUCCAACAUAAACAAGUUCAUAAUUUGGAAAAAUCUUAUUCAUGCGAUGUUUGCAAGAAAGAAUUCAUCAAGGAAAGCAAUUUAAUUGAGCAUGAAAUAACCCAUGCCCCAACUGGAGAAAAUAAUUUUCCUUGCGAUAGUUGUGAUAAAAAAUUCACUGUUAAAUAUGAUUUAGAUAGUUCCAAUUUACAAGUACAUAGACGAGUUCACACGGGCUACAGACCUCAUAAAUGCGAUUUAUGCGAUAAAGCAUUUAUCCACCGAAGUAAUUUAGUUUCCCAUAUUAGAACUACUCACAUUCGAGAAAAAUAUUUUUGUGACAUUUGUGAUAAAGGAUUUAGAGAACAACAGUUGGUUGAAGAAGUGGCUAUUAAAGAUGAAGUAAUAGAAUUAGAAGAAGCAGCUGUCAAAGAAGAAAAUAAUGACACUAAAGAAAAUUUAAAUACAGAUUGCAAAAAUAAUGAUGGGAACUUAAAUACGGAUCAGAUACAUACUGAGAUAAUAAUUAAAGAUGAAGAACCAAAACCAGAAGAAACUGUUGUUGUUGAACGUAUUAAAAUAAAAUUUGGACAAAAGCCUUAUUCAUGUGAUGUCUGUGAUAAAACAUUCAUCUUUCAAAACAGUUUACUCCAACAUAAACAAGUUCAUAAUUUAGAAAAAUCUUAUUCAUGCGAUGUUUGUAAGAAAGUAUUCAUCAAGGAAUGCAAUUUAAUUGAGCAUGAAAUAACCCAUGCCCCAACUGGAGAAAAUAAUUUUUCUUGUGAUAGUUGUGAUAAAAAAUUCACUGUUAAAUAUGAUUUAGAUGUACACAAAUUGAAGCAUACUAACUCUUGUGAAGUUCAUCCUAAAACAUUUAUACAUAAAACUAGUUUAGUUGAACAAGCAAAAAUUCAUAAAAGGAUUAAUUCAACAUGA